CCUCAACCCCUCCCAUCUGCGGUUACCAUCGUCAACUUAACGCACCGUCUUUAAGCCAUCAUCUAGACGCAGGAAGUCUGAUACCACUUGACCGUCCUUUAUCAAGCUACUAGUACCUGACCAAAUGCCGGGUGGCGGCCCUCCGCAGGCCACGCAUGCCGAUCCGAGCUGCACUUGCGAAACAUGCCACAUCGUGAAGCGCCGGCCGCAUAAAAAGUCGCGGAAUGGCUGUGAGAUGUGCAAGAAGCGCAGGAUCAAGUGUGACGAAGCCAAGCCUAAGUGCGGGCAGUGCUCAAAAGCCCUACACAACUGCAGCUUCGAGCGCUCAACACCAAGUUCAGACUCGGACACUCAAGCUUAUACCUCUCAUGAUGCCUUUAAUCGCCUGUCUCCUUUACACAAGCCGACGGCCAAUGAGGGCCGACACAAUACGCCUCGCGAUGGCUAUUAUACCAGACCAAACCGGCGCCUUCACCCCUCAGCAGCUUCAUCAUCUGACACCCCGAGCCACGCUUCUUCGCCAUGUAGCAGCACAUCAACCGCUGCGAAAUCUCUACUGCUGGGAGUCUCCCCUAAUGGGCUUGCUCCAUGGAUUUGGACUGUAGACGACCUCGCCCUGCUGCACCACUUUCUCACCUGCCCGGCCCUAGACCACGGCGACGCAACCCUCUGGCGUCAAAAAGUGCCUCUGCUCGCCUUUGAGAACCACUCCGUCCUCCACCUCCUUCUUGCCGUGUCCGCGUUCCAUCUAGCUACCAUCAAAUUAGACGAGUGUGCGAGGUACCGAGGCCUGGCAGACAAACACUACGAGACCGGCCUGCGCCAGACUAUGGAGAUUAUGCCCCGCCUCGGCCGCGACACUGCCAGCGUCCUCUAUAUCGCCACCACUCUCGUCUGCUCUUGUAGCUUCGCUCGCGGUCCCGCGCCAGGAAAUCUGCUCAUCGUAUCGGACGGCGUUGAGGUGGCCUGGUUCGGGCUGCUCAGAGGCGUCAGGCUCGUUAUCGAGACGGUUGGUUUCGAGGCCAUCUUCUCGGGCGUCCUCGGUCCCAUGCCGUCUGGAGAGGACUCUCCACUUAGCGAAGACCCAUCUUCUUUGUCAGGUCAAGUGUCAGUGCCAUCUCCGAGCUCCAGAGGGUCACGACUGAUUACAUGGGAACCUGCCCUAAGACGCGUCACGCAACUUAUUUCCGAUUCUGCAGAUGGCGACGAAGCAGCUUAUAGGAAGAUGAUGGAUUACGUAUCCAUCGCCUUCCAACAAACUUUUGGAACAACUGCGGAGCCCAUUACCGCAUCGGAGGGUAAGAUGGAGGUGAUCAUGGCUUGCAUUUACCGCACCGACGACGACUUCGUGCAGUGUCUCAAGGAGAAAAAGAGCAUCGCGUUGCUAUUGCUGGGCCAUUUUGCCGUGCUGGUCAAGACACUCGAGUGGCUGUGGUACAUGCGCGGCUGGGCCGAUCACAUUUUACGAGGCGUGGCGUCGAAUCUGGAUGCUCCGUACUUAGAUUUCCUGCAGUGGCCGCGUAAAGAGAUUGAAAAACUAGACUUUGAUAUACCGAGCUAACAGCAAUGGCCACACUUUUAGUUGAAUGUCUAAGAUACCCGUGGAUACGUAGAUAAAAUAUUCUGAUACAGAUCGAUCGGUAUCAAGAGGAAGUUACGACAAAAAGGGGUGGCUCAGGCUUCACGAUACUUACUUAUCCUAUAAGGAGCAUAUGAGCCUGUACAACAGCCAUUGACUGCCCGAGCGACUGCAAUGGUAAACCCCAUGACUUCUGCGCUGCAAGUUAUCGUCACUCAAUUCCUCGUGGUUGUGAUCGAUACGACAGUUGCUAUGUCAGCAAUCUGUCACGAAACAGGAAUGGCAUCAGCACUUGGCAAGCAUCUUGCCACGGGCUUUCUCACGUGGAUAUCACAUUCACUUAGUAUAUAGACUGCUCUCAUGUGCUCAUUCCAGACGGGUUA